AUGGAUACAGAAGACAUGGGCUCAGGUAAACUAGGUCAAAUCUUGAAGCAGAUUUGGAGACAAAACCUAAUGCUAACGCAGGCAGUCCAGGGGAAUGAGCAUUGUGAAGGCAUCAACAGAGCCACCUGGAUAGCCGCUGUGGUCUCUCUAGGUCAAGGGUUCAGUGGGGCCCUCCAUCAACUUUUGGACUUCACUGCAGGAAACCUGUGCUCUAUCUGCCAGCACUUGCAUGGGAUCCUUGACAAGGAGAAGCAAUGUCUCUGGAAACAAGAAAUUACUAGCUUCAUAGACUGCCUCAUGAAAAUAAAUGAAUAUUUGGGAAGCACUGCUACACUUCUGAAAAAAGAAGAAAAUGAGAUGUCUAAUUUAUGCAGCAUGCAUGAUGAAUGUGCAUCACUGGAGACAAUGUCCACCAUUCAAGGCAUUGCUGUAAGAGGGGAACAAAAUGUCAUAGAAACAGCUACUGUUUCACCCACAAAUGGAGAGGAAAGUCAUGACACAAACCAGAUCCAGUUUAAAAAAUAUAAAACACAUAUGAGUUCAGAAUUAAUAGAAAAAGAAAGAAAUACAUCAUUGAGUGGAAAUGGAACAGGGCGAGGCAAAUCACAAAACAGAAUGUCUCCUGAUGUAGAAAAUAAAGAAGAUAAACAAAUGGAACCCAUGACUAGUCAGAACACCAGUGGCAGCCUGGGAGAGGUACAGGACCUAACAGAGACAACAGAAAGAGAAAUUCAAGAAAGCCAAAGUGGAGAGAAGAUCACAUCCUUGAUAACAAAUGGUAUCACCAAUAAGUUUUUGAAUAGUCUUCCCAAUGACUCAGAGAGUCUAAAACAAGAGAAUAACAUAAUGGAAAAGGAAUAUCUUGAUGUGCUGGGUGAUGAUAAGGACCCUCAAGUGUCUUGUUAUAUAACAGCACAAUCCUAUGUUCUACAGCAUCUAGAAUGCCGGAUAAUUAAUAGCAUGAGUUCUUCAAUAGUAAGUGAUAAUGAAGAAUUGGUCAGCAAUGUCAUCACCAUUGAGUGCUCACCUCGGGAGAAGAGUAUUCCAUUUCCAAUUUGCAUUGCAAUUCCUUUUACUGCACGUCACAGAGGAAAUUAUAGAGAUAUUAUGGUGAAAGUAUCUGAUAUCAUAAACCUUCAGUCAAGCUACCUAACCCCAAAUUCACUAGAAGGAAUCAGAGGAUGUUAUAAGGGCACCUGUGCAGAGGUGCAAGUUUACAAGUUGGGCAUCUUUUCUGUUAUGUCUUGUUUAAAGAAAGAAUCCUUCACAGUUACAAAGAAAGGUCUCACUCUCAAGCCAAGCAUGGAUUCUCGAAUAUCAUUGAAUUACCCUCCAGGAGUUUUCAACUCACCGGUGCUUGUGCAAUUAAAGGUCCAACCAGUAGAUCCAACUCUGGUGGCACAUUUAAGAACACAACAAGACACUUUGUGCUCCGUAUUAGCCACAAGCCCUCUGGUUCAUGUUCAGCACCCAUCAACACAUGCUUUCCAGAAACCGGUCACUCUCCUCCUACCUUGUUCUCCACACGUUGAUAAAAAGAAUCUUGAAUCUGAGAUAGACCAUAAAAGAACAGCCAGUGCCACAACCAACAGAAUCAUACCUUUAUACUUCGACCGGACCAAAAGUGCUUCCAUCAGAAAACCUGGGAACAAUGCCUGUGAUUCCUUGAAAUUAUUAGGAUUCAGGAGCAGAGAUAGUGGUUGGAUUGGACUUGAUGUUGUGGUGAAAACCAUGCAGAGUGGCUUGGUAUCCUUUGAACUGGAUGAAAACUUAGAGAGGUUUAUUGUGCUUCAGCUCUCUUCCAUUGUGGAUAACAGCCACUUGGUUUCCUUUGUGAGAUCGUUAGAGGAUGCUCUGCUCAGCACCACUGCCUGUAUUGUGCUAUAUCACCAGAAGGACAAUCCACGGAGAGUGGUUGUUCUAGUGGUACCUUCUAAAGAGUUAACUCAGGUACUUAAGGGCUUGCGUCUAGAAGGGUUCAGUGCUUCACCCGAGCCGCCCCGUCAUUUCCAAGUGAAAGAAGGAGAACAACUUCUUUUGAGAUUUACUGGGAACAUAUUUGCCUCAAGCAAUGGGAAGGAUUAUGGAAAAGACUACAAGCUUAUUUUUCAUUUACAAAGGAAAAACAGGCUGGAACUCCACAUCAAAGAGGUGGAUGAAUUUGGAAACUAUAGCUGUCCUCAUUAUAAGGGCACUGUUGUAGUUUAUAAAGUACCUAAAGAAAAGCUAGCUCCCAACAUGGAUCAGUCUCUUAUAUUUAAUGAAAACCAUUAUGAUUUGCCAGUUUGCAAAUUACCCUUAAGACUGCCAAAGCAUAAAAAAUUAAUCAAUCGUCCACGGAGUACCAAGAGAAUUUCUACAGAUCCUUUAGACGCGCUCUGGGACAACCUGCUCUACUGGCUGGCCGAGGAGCUCUCGGAGGAGGACGCCGCGCGCCUGUCCUCGUCCCUCCCGCUCCGACGCAGCUCCAUCCAGCUCAUCAAGCUGAAGCACCCCGAGGACCUCACCGAGCAAAUCCACGAGCUGCUCUCCUUCUGGAAAAGGUCGCUCCCCAACGCCACCGACAAACCCCGCCUCCUGGCCCGCCACCUGCGCAAGAUCGGCAGGAGCGACCUGGCGGCAGAGCUCAAGUUCAAGUGGGAGAAUAAAGUGUUCAGCGAACCCCAGCAGUGGUUUGACUUGGCAGAGUAGAGACGGGGCGCUUUUUCUUCCUUUUACCCCAGAAGAAGUGCCCGAGAGGGGCUUGGGGCGGUCCCGCUCAACGUUUUACUAGCAGUUUCCAAAUAGCAUUGGUGGAAGUGAAUCUCGCUGCCCUUGAGACAAGGAGAGAUGCUAAUCUGAGCAAAUCUCUCCUGCCAGGAGACUAUAAAUCAAGAUCUCCAUGUGCAAACCCUUCUCAGUAGGUUGCUGGUGCGUGCUUUGCCUUGGGUUCAGUCGGACUAACAGGGCUUCUGAUAGAAUUUUCUCUAUCUCCAUUGGAAUGUCUGAGAUUGCUCUCUAAAUGCCAGGGAAAGAGAUGAUAGCAUCGCUUUUAAAAAAUUCUCAUCUACAUAAAAGCAAUGAGUUAUUCAGGCCCCAGGCAACUAAUACACAUUAGAUACACACUGUGGAGUUCAAGACGAAAUAAACUGGGCUGCAGAGACUUGGGUUUGAUGCUAGCAACAUGGACCAGAAGAGAGGACAGCAGGUAGGGUGCAUGCUAAGCAGACUAAUUUGUUCCAUCACCUAUAUGACAUGGUGCCCUGCGCAUGACUCCUGAGCACUACUGGGGUUUUCUAGAUAAUCCCCUUACCACAGACCCUAACAUCACCAUAUCCUUGACUCUUGUCUCAAACUUCUGUCCUAGUUGGCUGAGAAUCUCUGGUGGAGCCCCUGGGC